UCGAAAGCGAUGAACGUGUGCUACUGCAGCCUUAUUUUAUUGCUGCUGGUGUGGAUUGGAGAGACGAAAAUUCAAGAGCGACGGGACAGGAAACAUGCUUUGAAAAUCAGGCUUGCAGGAGCAAACUCUGCUCCGAUUAAACUGCACGUCCCAAAGAAGCUCCGUCGAAAACACAUCAUCAAGUGCUGCGGUUUCAAAAAAUGCAUGCCGAAAUUCAACGCAACUUCAAAGAAAAGAACAAAAAAUUUGGACCAGGCCGAUGGUCCGAUUUCGUCAACUUUGAUUCAGCUUGCGAGCAAAACGGGCGCAGUGAAAGGAAGCACAGCUGCCUCUGACGUCAGCAACAAUGACGAACCGCCGACUGUGCCGGAAGUUGGUACAGAGUCAGGCACUGCUGCCUCUGACGCAGAUGCUGGAGCGGAAACUAGCCGCCGACCGGAAGGAACGGAAGCUAGAGACGUCAUUUCGAGCGAAAUAGCAACAACUGACGUUCGCACAGGUGCAGGUGGAGCAGCGACAACUACUGCGUUUGAUACUAUUUUGACGGCAAUUAUUUCGUCGGCGUCGACGCGAGCAGCCCCUUUGCAGACAACAAUCUUUAAAGAAGCGAUAAGCACAUCUAAUAAAGCGACAGAAACUACCCCCAAACAAUUGGGGACAACCCUUAAAGGAUCUGUAACGAUAUUAACUAAUUCGGAAUUAAUGACAACCACGACUGCAAAAUCGACAUCUUCCACAACACCUGUUCCGUGCCGCAUGGGGUGCAAGGAUUUUAACAAUUUUCUGGUGAAUGACGCAACACCAAAGCCAUCGCAGUCGGAUGGUACAUUGCUAACGGCCAAAUUGUGCAACAGGCAAUACUACGUUUCAACCGUAGCUGUUUCGAGAAACGAGGCUGGAAUGCGGUGCAAGGCGUUGAGCAUGGCACUUUUGGCCGUCACUUCUCUCGAGGAACUCGACUGUCUGGCCAGUUUAAAAGUCGGCACUUUUUGGACGGGUGGCUCAAACGAGGAUGAAAAUUGCGACGCCGAAAAGAAAUUCGCGUGGUGCUCGACGGGCUUCAACGUUUCUACUUCUCUCACUUCUUCGGCAAAAUUCUGGCUGUCGACCAACGCCAUGCCUUCAGCCCUGGAGCGCUGUCUGGCCGUCGUCACGUCCGCCAACCCCCUACAGAUGGGGAUGGUGCUGAAAAACUGCGCCGAUGCCCUGCCCUUCGUUUGCCAGACAAACGUCGACUGUCCCAGCGCCAAUUCCUGCACCAAAAACAACUCUUUAUUUGAUGCAUCUGGGAAAUUGAUAAACAAAACUUCCUACGGAUUGUGGAUUGACAUCGGAAACUACACCUAUUUAUUGGGAAACAAACCGAUGACUUGGAUGUCCAGCUUUCGUCAGUGCUGCGCCCUGGGGAUGGAGGCACUAAACUUAGACAAUGCUUCCGAGCAACUCGGCUUGACAAACUUGACUGUCGUCUACAAUAUUACCGACUGGAAGGGGAAUUUCAAUUACUGGACGUCCGGCACGUGCAAGGGGGCACCAGCAGGACAGUGGUCUUGGUGUGAGCCGACGGGACCGACAAUAUUCAGCCCCGGCGUCGCGUGGGAACCAGGCCAGCCCGACAACCGCGGAGGAAACGAGAGCUGUGCACACUUCCGCUUGGUUUUCAACUCCACAGGCGCGAUUUUGACUGAUAGAAACUGCAACAGCAAAUACAUUUUCGCUUGCAAGACGUCAAGAAUAACGACUGAAAAGCCGUGCGUCGCUUCGUGCCCUUCUCUACUCUGCAAACGAGAUGCCAGCCGUUUCGACGCUGAAAAUAAACUGAUUGAUUUUUCCACGUUUGGUUACUGGUUUACUUCAUGCGGCCGGAAUUAUUUGUUCCACACCUCUGCUUCCAUGGACUGGUCAGGUGCCUGGCAACGUUGUUGCGACGUUGGCUUGACUCUGGCGUCUUUGGACUCGGCCGGAAAAUUGAGCUGCUUUUCAAAACUCGCCUUCAGAUUCCUCCCGGACACUGUGGGAGACUUCUGGCUCUCCGGGACGGACCUCGGGUGUCCAUCCAACUUCCGCUGGUGCUCUCUGAACAGGGCAUUCGUUAACCCUGAGCUCAGGUGGAAGGCCGGACAUCCGAAGGCGGGUCUGGGCUGCGUUUAUCUCGAAGUGACGAGAAACGGAUCCGUGCUUUUGGCAACUUCGGACUGCGCUGAGAAGAAAUCGUUUUUGUGCGACGUGCGGAAGAAGGCAUCGACCCAAAAGGCCAUGCAGACCGAGUGCGCCGACAUUUGGGGCAUCACUCCCGCUGAAAUUGACCUGUUGCUGAACACCAGCGCGUUUCUCACGGCCAACAUCUCUUUGAAUUUGAAGUGCUUUCUAAAAUGCGUCGGGAUUGAAGUCGGAUUGUUUAAUUUGGGAGGUUUGAACAGCUUAGCAAUGUUGCGGGAAAUAGAAUUCGCGUCGCAAGAGGAUCCUGUCAAGAUGGAACAGGGAUUCGAUGCUUUUGACGAAUGCAGUGGAAAAAAUUUUGACGACGAGUGCGUGACUGCCUACGAAACGUACAAGUGCGGCCUUGAGAAGACGCCGAAUUUGGUCUCUGAUAUCGUAUCGAAUAAUUUUGGCAACGCGACUGUGUUUACUCCUCCAGUGCCGUGCCUUCCCAUCCGCAGAUCAUGCUGGCUCUCGAACAUGUUUCCCUGCGAGAUAAACCAAACUGCGAUUGAUGCGAUGAGCGCCAAUAAUGGUUUAGAUGGCAAUGGGCAGAUGGUAACGUAUCAAAACAAGAAAUACUACGUUCGAAAUAUCGACAGUGGUUCGCGAGUAAAUCCAAUUUUGGCGUACAAACACUGUUGCGGACUCGGAAUGCGGCUUUUCGAACCUCAAACUCUUGAAGAUGCGCAAUGGGCUUUCAUCACGUACAAUAACAACUCGGCUCUCCUCUUGAUGUUUGGUGAUAUUCUCACCGUCAACAACUCCCUCACUGACGAAGUUUGGUGCGGUAGUCGUACGAAACUAUUCUUCGUGCCUAAAUCAUACUGCAUCUCUUCCUUCGUUCACUUUUCGGGCAAGAUAAAUUCUGUAUCGUAUUUGAUAAAGGCGGGUAAUGUCAAUUUCGACUUUUACGACGGAUUCAUCAAGACACAAAAUGAUCCUACCGCAGUAACUGGCGUUAACGCCUUUAUAUGUGAGCAACCGUAAAGGAAAAUUUUACCAAAAUACAAAAUGCACCUUCGUUUGCGAUGGACUUGCACCAAUUUUGUUAAUUGAAUAAAAAUCAUCUGAUUUAAAAAAAAAUUUGGUGCAUGCAUGCCAAAAAUAUACCCAUGUUAUUUAAUUAAUUGACAAAAAGCUGUAUUAUUAAAAGAAUUUGAUUUAUAAAACUGUCGAAAUGCAAUAAGAAAAAGUUGACGUAUCCUGAAAAGGUCUUUGUCUCUAGUGUAAAAAAUCGCAGGGCCUAUAAUUAAAAAAAUCAAUGGGUAAAAUUAAUUUCAGCCGAC